AUUUGGGAGUGACGCGGAUAUGAAAGCUAACGUUACUUGAUCCCUCUUGGCUUUGCCACGAAAAAUUCAACGGUAACGUGAGUUUAUCUACAGGACUAUUAAGCAAUCCGCAUGAAUGCAUCAUAGGUCUUCUCUUCGCAAUUGAAUUGUCAGGUUUUCGAAUGUGCAGUCAUUUUAUCUCGAGUCCAUAAAAAGAUUUUGUCCAUGACGCGGCUGACCGACUGUGGAGUUUUGGGAUAACUUCUUUGUAUACAAGGAUAGCUAACGUAACGCUGACAAGACCAAGGCUGAACAUGGAUUGGGGCACAGAUCUUUGGGACCAGUAUGAGAUCAUUGAGAAGCACACACAGUCAGGUCUGGAUCUGGUGGAGAAGUAUGUGAAGUUUGUCAAGGAGCGGACAGAGAUUGAGCAGAACUAUGCCAAGCAGUUGAGGAACCUUACAAAAAAAUACAGCCCCAAAAGAGGCAGCAAGGAGGAACAGGAAUGCAGGUUCUCGAACCACCAGUCCUUCCUGGACGCCCUGAACGAGAUGAAUGACUACGCGGGCCAGAGGGAGCUGAUUGCUGAGAACAUGAUGAUGAACAUCUGCAUUGAGCUCACAAAGUACCUUCAAGAUCUGAAGCAGGAACGCAAGACGCAUCUUUCAGAGGCCAAAAAAGCGCAGCAGUCUCUGGAAAGCACCUACAAACAGCUGGACUGUAGUAAGAAGCGAUUUGAGAGAGAGUGGAGAGAAGCGGAGAAGGCGACCCAGCACGCGGAGAAAACAGACCUGGACAUUAACGCAACGAAGGCCGACGUUGAGAAGGCCAAACAACAGGCGCACAUGCGCUCGCACGUAGCCGAGGAAUGCAAGAACGACUACGCCGCCCAGCUGCAGAAGUACAACAAGGAGCAGGGCCAGUUCUACUUCACCGACAUGCCCCUCAUCUUCAACAGGCUUCAGGACAUGGAUGAGAGGCGCGUACAAAAGCUGGCGCAGGGUUACGUCCUGUUUUCAGACACGGAGAAGCAUGUGAUGCCCAUCAUCGGGAAGUGCCUGGAUGGCAUCUCAAGGGCAGGCAGCAACGUGAACGAACGUAACGACUCCCUGGCUCUCAUAGAGCAGCACAAGUCUGGCUUUGAGAGGCCGAGCGACCUGGAGUUCGAGGACUACAGCCAGGGCAUCAACCGCACCUCCUCCGAGAGCAGCCUGGGCACGCCUAAAGGCCCAUUGGACCUGCUGGGCAAAAACAAAAGCAAGCCCUUCUGGCUGUUCAGUAAGAAGAGCAAGCCCACGGCCACAGAAGACUUUGGCCACCUGCCCCCUGAGCAGCGGCGCAAGAGGCUGCAGCAGAAGAUCGAGGAGCUGGGCAAGGAACUGCAGAAGGAGAUGGAUCAAAGCGAGGCCCUGGGUAAGAUGAAGGACGUUUAUGAGAAGAACCCUCAGAUGGGCGACCCGGCCAGCCUGGCACCUCAGAUCAACCAGACAACCCAGAACAUGGAGAGGCUGCGGGGAGAGCUCAGCAAGUAUGAGAAUUGGCUCACGGAGGCAGGAGGUCGAGGUGACACACUGCGUUACUCGUCACAAUCCUUUAACAAUAACGGAGCUCAUGAUACAUACAGCCCGGACGGUGCCCACUCAGAUGAAGGCACCCCGGACCCCUCGCAUGCCAUCUAUGCAGAGUUUGAUGACGACUUUGAGGAGGAGGAGCUAGCCGCUCCCAUUGGCCAAUGCACCGCCCUCUAUAACUUCCCAGGCUCCAGUGAAGGCACCAUUGCCAUGCAGGAGGGUGAGGUGCUGUCCGUGGUGGAGGAGGACAAGGGCGAUGGCUGGACCCGCGUGCGCCGCUCCAACGGAGACGAGGGCUACAUCCCCACCUCCUACGUCAGCCUCGCCCUUAACAAGUGACCUCUGGCGCCCGCCCCCCACAGGCAGGCCGCAGCGCUGCGUUGCCCCACAGCCCUCCCCCACCCCAUGUCACCCUAUGUGACAUGCCAAACUGACACUCCAAUAAAACCACAGCUUGUUACCUGCUAAGCACUGCAUUCCAGAUUUCUCAAUGGGACCAGGCUGAGAUGCGACCAAAAAGUCUGUUACAGACGGACCAAAGACAAAGCCCAGCGGAUACUCAGGUCCCCUGGGCGUCCUCGUUCAGAGUUAAGCCCUGGGCAGCAGGCUGGGGACGAGUGAUACAUUCUGGCUGCCCGCACUUGAAGGGAUGAUGAAUGUGCAGCCGCAGCCGCAGCCACAGUCGAAUCCGAAGCUCCGUUUCCAUGGGAGCGUUGGCCGUCCAUGCGCUAUUUCCUCAUUCGUCUUUUGUGGUGCCACCGCUUCCUCUCUUUGUGGUUAUGUUCGUUUUUCUAUUUCUAUGAAAGGGUAACCCAUACGUGCUGGCGGGUACCCUGGAGCCACACAGAGAGGUGGGGACACAUGACGACACAGCCUUCGAGUGGCGGCAUCCUCAUGUUCGCUCUGAUGAUGAGGCAAAGGGGACCCGUGUUUGUGACGAUGCAGGGACCGCGUUGGGUGCGUGGGCUUCUUAACACAUUAGUAACUGCACACGUCUUGGCUUGCUAAUUCAACUCUGAUCACAUAGUAAACCAACUCGGUGAGUCUGAGCACCCAUGGGGCAUGAGGUGACAUGCUUAUAACACCACUUAUGCCUUUUUUGUGCAUUAGUACUGGUGUGUGUGUGUGUGUGCGUGUGUGCGCGCGCACUCACAUUUUUAUUAAGUCGUAUUCUGAUGCGAGGCAUCGGCGGGCCAAAGACCCACUUCUAUGGGACGUCAUCGCAGUCACCUCACCUGAAAACAAAGACUCUCGCUCAGACACUCCCACACAGCCAUAGCCUCGUAAGAUAACUGCUCUGGAGACAGCAGUGUGAUGUUCCAUAUCUGUCCCUCUGCAGUGUCCAGCACUAAAUGUUAAGGAGGUUUUUUUUUCACAUUUUUUUUUUUAUCUCUUGUUUUUUGUUUGCGAGUCAUAAAAGUAGAUAAUUUAUUAAGUUUUUGUUAGUAUCUCUAUGGCACCGAUAUAGUGAUAUAUAAACAAUUAUAUAUAUAUUGGAUGUGGUUUUUACACAGUUCUCCACAAUACUUGCACGCCAGCCUGCAGUGGCUUGUCUGUACCCACAGAUGCGAGUACAGACAUUAAAAUGUGCAAGGUUAGGACUAUCAUAUUUAAUUAAGAAAUAAUAUAUUUUAGCGAUCACAACACCACUAUUGUCUUACUAGCAUUUUACUCCACAUAAAUAAAGAUUUAGUUAGAGAGUUUUUUUUUUUUUUUUUAAGGUAAGUUUUAAAGAGGGAUGUGUUGGUAAAGUCUGGAGUUGUUCGAUGUGAUUGGUCUUCUUUGAGCCAGAUGGUUUACAUUUUCAAUGCAAAACUGUCUCUGAUGUCCAGGUGCCUUCUUAGUUUGCAGCCAUUUGUAUAUAAACCAUAUUUACAUACAUAAAGUGUUAAAAAAUUGUUUAUAGAACUUCAUAUAUGUAAAGCACAUUUUCAAAUUUAAACCGUGUCCCGUUUUUUUAUAUUUUAUUUGUAUUUAUCAAUUUGUUUACGGCGUGAAAACAUUUCAUCACCAUAGCAGCCCGUUACUGUUUUUUUCUUUCUUUUUCAUACAGUGCUUCACUUCAUAAAUAGCCUGCAUGUUGUUUUCAUGACCAUAACUGCUGUGCCUGGUGUUACUCUGCCUUGGAUGUAAAGGCUGUCCAAUUCAGUCGAAUGCUUUUUCAACAUUCAGCGUUAGCCUCAUUCCCAUUUGCUGUGAUUAGCGCGGCAGGGUGUCAGCUUACCAAGUACUUAAAGCUUAAAGCACCUCUGCAUGAAUGGGUCUGUCAAAUGAAAUGCAGCACUCAUGAUUUAUUAUUAUGUGAAUACAGGACAUCAUUCACAGAA